ACAUCCGUAAUUGGCAUUUUAUAAGAAUAACUGAAAGAAUAUGUGAUCACGUUCAUUUCUGCGACCCCAAACCGAAAGACGGGUUAAGUGGUCACGUGCUCCUCCAUAUGACCAAUCGCGGCUCUCUCCGGGGAGCACUUCCGGUGAUAGUAUUUCCUGUCAGUGUUUGUAAACUGAGAAAAAAAAAACUGGAACCACGACAAGACAUAAUAAUCCACAAAACCUUACAAAUCGGAAGGCUUUGGCCCCUGAUGGUUUGGGGGGGAUUGUUGUCUCUCCUGUCACUCCCUCAUCCUGACUGAAGCCCAUCCCCCCCUGUCCCCUCAAACACACACGCAUUCAAACCACGGCGAUGACCCACCAUUCCAACAAUUCAGUACGAGACCAUAUGAAAUGGGCUGGGUUGCUGGGCUGUGAGGCGGUGUUGUCCAGCAUGGCCCUGAUGCAAGCCAACAACAUCCCAAGCCAGAAGAAGAUGAUGUCCUCUUCGGGUCAUGGCCACAGGUCCAGUGCUGAGGACCACCAGACACAUUCGCAGCACAGCCUCAACCAUCAUGGGCACCAGGUUCACCAUGGACAAGGCCAUCACAGUCACAUGGGCCAUGCUUCAGAUGGGAGCCUUCCACCGCUGCUAAUCCGGAAAGAUGGGGAAUAUCACACGUCAAGGAUUAUCGAUGGGAAAGACGUCCAGACAAAUCAGAAUUUGCAGCCCAAGAAGAAACACAAAAAGUCGUCCCAUAAGGUAAAAGAGAAAGUGGAGAUGUUGAUUCCGCACAUGGAUAUGGAUGACGACAGUUCCUUAAGAGUUCAGAAGAACUUCAUCUGCGAUCACUGCUAUGGGGCUUUCCGGAGCAGCUACCACCUCAAGCGACAUAUUCUUACACAUACAGGGGAAAAGCCAUAUGCUUGUGAUGCAUGUGAUAUGCGGUUCAUUCAGCGGUACCACCUGGACAGACACAAGAGGGUGCACAGUGGAGAGAAGCCGUACCAGUGUGAUCGAUGCCACCAGAACUUUUCACGGACUGACAGGCUGCUAAGACACCGGCGCCUGUGUACAGCUGGCAUGAGCAAAGAGGAAAACCAGUACUCCCAGGAAGCAUCUGCCCAUACAGCUUCCUGGAGUCCCCUCCAUCCCUCCAACAACCGUCUGACUGUUUGACCCUCAGCUUCCUAACACCUGCCUGCAGCUUCACGACAUCACUCCCUGGAGUUGUACUCUGAAAGUAACCUUAGCUAAAAACAGUCAAACUAUAGUUUGCUCUCAACACCUCAUCGUAGUUGAGUUCUCAUACAUGAGCAAAAGCAAAUGGACUGAUUUUAGCAUGAGGUUAUGGUAAAGUGAAAAAGACACCGCCAGGUACUCUCAA